AUGAUUCUUCGUCCGUGGGAUCGGGUUCUUCCCCGUUCCAUCGCCGACUUUGGGUGUUUUUUGCUUGUGGCCAUCUUUGUGCCGGUUACGUACAUCUUCCAGAUCACAGUGGUGCUGCCGGAGCUGUUCGCCAUCGGAGGAUUCUGCUACACGGUGCUCUGGCUGGCCAGUCUGUUCAUUGUGUUCAAUAUAAGCUCAAACAUGCUGGCCGCAAUGCUGGUGGAUACAACUAUCAGGAUGGAGCUGCUGAAACCACCUUCCGAGCCGGUCAAGCUGGGCCGCUGGCGUAUGUGCCACGACUGCCAGGCUCUAGUGCCUCCUCGUUCCUGGCACUGCGAGGUGUGCAAGGUAUGCGUGCUCAAGAGGGACCACCAUUGUCGCUUCAUCGGUUGCUGCAUUGGACACCACAAUUAUCGCUACUUUCUGUUUUUCCUGGUGUACAUGAUCGUCGGCUCCCUGGCCGCCCUCAUCACACACAGUGUAUACUUGUGGUACCUCCACUUUGAAGUGUACUGGCAGCUAUCAUCUCUAUAUACUGUCGUCGCACCAGCGUUAAGUCUCACCCUGAAACCCAGCUGGGACAGCUUUUAUCUGGUAAUUUACGAACUCAAUCUACUCGGUUUCGGCAUAUCCUCCCUGUUGCUGAUAUUCCAUUGGCCUAUCGUGAGCAUUGGAUCGGUGACGAGGGAACGCAAUAGUAGAAAGUAUGACCGCGGACUACGGGGGAACCUGGAGAUGAUUCUUGGCCAUCGAAUGCAUCUUACCUGGCUGUCGCCUUUUGUUCGAAGUGAGCUGCCACACGAUGGGGUUAACUGGGAAGUAUCACCCGCCUCCUCCACAAAGGAGGAGUAGUUACAAUAGAAUCUAUCGCAUUUUAUCUGGUAUCUAUCACUGG